UGUUUUAGACAUAUUCUGUACAUUUCCGGCCUCCAUUUCUCCAAAAAAGAGAAGACUACGUUUUCUAAAUUUACAACUUAAACCCCCCAAACUUAAAAUCCGGUCGCCGUCUGCCUUUGGAUCAAUCCAUCCGGAAUCAAAGUUGGUAGAUCUGAAAGUUUGAAGGGGGUCUGCGUUUACAGUUCUCGCUUUAACAAAACGUGAAAGGUUUUCCUUGGGUCUCUUUGUUUGUUUCCAAAGAUGAUGCCCCGUCCUCCACCCGAAGAUUUUGCCCUCAAAGAGACCAAGCCCCACCUUGGUGGUGGGAAGGUCAGUGGUGACAAGCUUACGAGCACUUAUGACUUGGUAGAGCAGAUGCAGUACUUGUAUGUUCGGGUUGUCAAGGCAAAGGAUUUACCUGGGAAAGAUGUUACAGGUAGUUGUGAUCCUUAUGUUGAGGUUAAGCUUGGAAAUUACCUGGGUAAAACUCGCUUUUUUGAGAAAAAGUCGAAUCCGGAGUGGAAUCAGGUGUUUGCUUUUUCGAAAGAUAGGCUUCAGGCUUCAUUGCUUGAGGUUACGGUUAAAGAUAAGGAUGUUGUGAAGGAUGACUUCAUUGGGAAGGUUAUCUUUGAUCUCAAUGAGAUACCGAAAAGGGUUCCUCCUGAUAGUCCACUGGCACCACAGUGGUAUAGGUUGGAGGAUAGGCAGGGAAAUAAGGUUAAGGGAGAGUUGAUGUUGGCUGUUUGGAUGGGAACACAAGCUGAUGAAGCAUUUCCUGAAGCAUGGCAUUCUGAUGCAGCUUUUGUUAGUGGUGCUGAUGGUCUUGCAAAUAUGCGAUCAAAAGUAUAUCUCUCUCCGAAGCUUUGGUAUUUGAGGGUCAAUGUGAUUGAGGCUCAGGACUUGCAACCAGUUGACAAGGGUCGUUAUCCUGAAGUUUUUGUGAAGGCUAUUUUAGGAAAUCAGGCUUUAAGGACUAGGAUUUCUCAGGCAAGGGGUAUUAAUCCAAUGUGGAAUGAAGAUCUGAUGUUUGUGGCUGCAGAACCUUUUGAGGAGCCUCUAAUUUUGAGUGUAGAAGACAGGGUUGCUCCUAAUAAGGAUGAAGUUUUGGGGAAGUGUGCAAUUCUUUUACAGCACGUAGACAGGAGGCUUGAUCAUAAACCUGUGAAUAGUAGGUGGUAUAAUCUUGAGAAGCAUGUUAUUAUUGAAGGAGAGAAGAAGAAAGAAAUCAAGUUUGCCAGCAGAAUUCAUAUGAGGAUUUGUUUGGAAGGUGGUUAUCACGUUCUGGAUGAAUCAACCCAUUACAGUAGUGAUCUUAGGCCAACAGCAAAGCAGUUGUGGAAGUCCAGCAUUGGUGUUCUGGAAUUGGGUGUUCUUAAUGCACAUGGUUUAAUGCCAAUGAAGACAAAAGAUGGACGGGGGACAACUGAUGCUUAUUGUGUUGCAAAAUAUGGCCAAAAAUGGGUACGGACAAGGACAAUCAUCGAUAGCUUUGCACCGAAGUGGAAUGAGCAGUAUACGUGGGAGGUUUUUGAUCCUUGUACUGUCAUAACUAUCGGGGUGUUUGAUAAUUGCCAUUUGCAUGGAGGAGAUAAGGCUGGAGGAGCAAAGGACAAUAAGAUCGGGAAGGUGAGAAUUCGACUCUCCACUCUUGAAACCGAUCGAGUUUACACUCACUCUUAUCCACUUCUGGUGCUACAUCCAAAUGGGGUGAAGAAGAUGGGUGAAAUUCACUUGGCUGUGAGGUUCUCCUGUUCUUCUUUGCUUAAUAUGAUGCAUAUGUACUCGCAUCCUCUCUUGCCAAAAAUGCAUUACCUUCAUCCAUUGACUGUUAGCCAGCUUGAUAGCUUGAGGCACCAGGCCACACAGAUUGUGUCAAUGAGGCUAAGUCGAGCUGAGCCACCAUUGAGGAAAGAGGUGGUGGAGUACAUGCUAGAUGUUGGUUCUCACAUGUGGAGCAUGAGAAGAAGCAAAGCUAAUUUUUUCAGAAUUAUGAACGUGCUGGGUGGGUUAAUUGCGGUGGGAAAAUGGUUUGAUCAGAUCUGCAAUUGGAAAAACCCAAUUACAACAGUAUUGAUUCACAUAUUGUUUAUCAUACUGGUCCUCUAUCCUGAGCUUAUUUUGCCAACAAUUUUCCUCUACCUGUUCUUGAUUGGAGUAUGGUACUAUAGAUGGCGGCCAAGGCAUCCUCCUCACAUGGACACACGCCUCUCUCAUGCAGAUUCUGCACAUCCUGAUGAACUGGACGAAGAGUUCGACACAUUCCCAACUUCCCGGCCAUCUGAUAUCGUCAGGAUGAGAUACGAUCGAUUGAGAAGUAUCGCUGGGAGAAUUCAGACGGUGGUCGGUGAUUUAGCCACACAGGGUGAGAGGAUGCAAUCUCUUCUAAGCUGGAGAGACCCAAGAGCCACUGCUUUGUUUGUUAUUUUCUGUUUAGUUGCUGCAAUCGUUUUGUAUGUAACACCUUUCCAAGUCGUGGCGCUUCUAGCUGGAUUUUACAUAUUGAGACACCCGAGGUUUCGUCAUAAGCUUCCUUCGGUGCCUCUCAAUUUCUUCAGGAGGCUGCCCGCAAGAACCGAUUCCAUGCUAUGAACGAGACCCAUUCCCGUGCAGUUGGAUGGGAAAAAAAAGGAAUCGAGAAACAAAUAGAGUUUGUUUCUUGUUUACGGGUGUCGGGUUCUGGUACGAUGUUUAACCUCUCCCCGAAGGUAGUAGAUCUCGUGGAUUUGUGUUAAUUUGUGUUUUACCUACAUGGUUCUGUUUUAAAACCGAGUCUAUCGAUUUUCAUUGUAAUUUUUUAGGUUGUGGUUGAAAUUUAACCCGUGCUGAAUCUUC